AUGGAGCGAGACAGGGAGAGCAAUGAGUAUGGCAGAUCUCUUCGCUAUGAAAACGAAGACACCACUCCGACCAGCGAUCGUGAGCUGAAAGGGUGGUAUUCGUACGGCCUGGCUGCCGAGAUCUUUGCUGUGGCUGGUGUUGGUUCAUUUCUUCCAGUCACUCUAGAGCAGCUUGCAAAAGAGCGAGGUGUUCUACGAUCGGAUCAUGUCACUCCAUGCUGGAAACCCAAGUCCGCUGUGGCUGAGACUUCACACCUACUCUUGCGAGCUGUUAGCCGCGCUACCAACGACAAGAAUGAGAGUCAAUGUGUGAUCCAACCCUUUGGCAAAGACAUCUCGACAGCCUCGUUCGCCAUGUACACUUUUUCAAUUGCCGUCCUAGUGCAGGCGAUUGUACUCAUAUCCUUUAGUUCCGUCGCUGAUCAUGGCACGUAUCGUAAGAAGCUCCUGCUGGCCUUCGGGUGUGUUGGCUCUGUCUCAAGUAUGCUGUUCAUCGUGGUCGCUCCCAGCAUCUAUCUUCUAGGAUCUGUUCUGGUCAUCCUGGGUGUGGCAUCACUUGGCUCUUCGUUCGUCUUGUUGAACUCUUUCCUUCCACUCUUGGCCAGCAAUCAUCCAUCCGUUCUCUCCGCAGAAGGACAAGCCGGGUCACCCUCGGCAACUGUGAAUAUGGUUGAGCCUGACGGAUCGUAUUCACCGGCGCCUGGCGAUCACCAAUCUGACAAGCAAACGUCUCCUGCUCUGGCACUUUCGAACAAGAUCUCUGCCAAGGGUGUGGGACUCGGCUAUAUCGCCGCAGUACUGGUCCAGGUAUGCAGUAUCGGACUACUCUUCGGUCUAGGUAAGGUAAACUUCUCCUCUCAAUCGAUCCCCCUUCGAGUGGUGUUGCUAUUCGUAGGUGUGUGUUGGGCUGUUGGUGCCAUUCCUGGCGCUCUUUGGCUGCGCGACCGCCCCGGACCGCCGCUCAGGACUCUCAACACUAGACGUGGCAAAGCAGGACAGGUGUUGGCAUACUUUGUUUUCGCUUGGGCGUCGGUCUGGCAGACUGUCAAGCAAGCGACCAAGCUACGUCAGACAGUCAUUUUCUUGAUCGCGUGGUUCUUGCUCUCGGAUUCCAUCGCGACUGUAUCAGGCACAGCCAUUCUCUUUGCUCGGACUGAGCUCAAGAUGAGCACUGUACAGAUCGCUAUUCUCUCAAUCACGGCUACAUCGUCUGGUAUCGCUGGAGCAUUCAUAUGGCCAAUCAUCUCACGCCGAUUUCGUCUACACACUCAGCAGACUAUCAUAGGAUGUGUCCUACUCAUGGAAAUAAUUCCGAUCUACGGCCUGAUCGGAUACCUGCCCUUCGUCCAAUCCUGGGGCGUUGGAGGUCUACAGCAAGCCUGGGAGAUCUAUCCUCUAGGUGUCGUGCAUGGUUUCGUCAUGGGUGGAUUAUCCUCUUACUGUCGUUCCUUCUAUGGCCUUCUCAUUCCUCCAGGCAGCGAAGCAGCUUUCUAUGCUCUAUAUGCUGUCACGGACAAAGGGAGCUCAGCCAUUGGUCCUGCUAUUGUGGGCUGGAUUGUUGAUGUUGCUGGCACUAUCCGACCUGCGUUUGCAUUCUUGGCCGUAUUGAUCGCGCUGCCAAUUCCUCUCAUCUACAUUAUCGAUACCGAGAAGGGCAGGGCUGACGCGCUGGCUAUGGCUGGUAUGAGAACAAGUUAUGAUCAAGAUGCUAGAGAUCGUGGUAGCGAAGAUGAGGAUGCCCAGCCGUUCCUGGCCCAGCAUGAUCGCAAUGACUGA